UGUGCUUAAGGUACAUUGGCCAGGAAUCAAACUUGGUCUCCCAGAUGGAAGGCAAGAAUUCUUCUGAACCACCACUGCCCCAAAUGGAGAGGCUAGGUGUUGUUUAAUAUAGCUAAAUGCGAGGCUAAUCAGUCUGCAGUGUUAUUAGCCUUCAAGGUAACUUGGGGGUGGGACGGAGAGAAAGACAAUGAUCACUAGGUACCACUGGCAAGCCUAAGUAACAUGAAGGAAAGAAUGUGGUGGAAGGAGGAGCUGUGCAUUCUAAGGAAAUCACAUAUUGCAUUUACCUCAGAUUCCAUUUAUAAGGAGUUGCUUUAUUCCUGGACCAUUCCCUACUUCAUCUUCCCUCCCUGAUAGAGCAGUGUAGGGUCAAAGUUUGAUGACCAAGUUCUGGAAAGUGGAUAGAGGUUCCUCAGAACUUUUUUUGGGUAUACUUCCCAGAAUAGGAAGUUGAACAAAAGAGGGGAAGCAGCAUGGUGGAUGGAGUGUGGGAAGCUUUUAUUAGGAAUGUCAAAGUAGUGGAGUGAGAAUAAGUUAAGACCAGAUGCAGCCGCACUUGAUUAUAACUAAUUUGCAGUGGGUGGUAAAGACAGGCACCAAGCCAGCGUCACCACUUUAUAAAUAUUUCUUCUGUGGUAGUGUGUUAGGAAAGAGGCAUGGUGAGCUUGCAUCAGUAUGGUGAAAUAUCACAAAAUGGGUGGGACUGUUUGGAGGAGCGUGUGUUUGGAAAGGGGUCAUGUUACAAAUUACAGUCCAGCACGCCUUAAAACAUAUAGCAUAGCUGUAAUCUGGAUGUAACAUUUGGAGCACACGUCACUGGCCAAAGAUGGUGUAUAUGGGAUAUUCAUAGAAUUCUUGUUUGAGAGUAUAUGCUGGCACUUUGGUAUAUAGUAUUUCUGUGAUUACAGGAAAAUAGUAAGCUGAAAACAUACCUCCUUUCAGUGCAAGAGCCAACUCUACCCAUUUGUGUUACCUCCUUACAGAUUGCAGCUGUGUAGCCGUAACUGAUCUUUUGGAUGCUUUUUGUUAUUACAACAAGGGGAUUAAAAGUAGACACCAGCUGUUAGCUGUUGAGAAAAGUGGAAAUAUUAAGAAAUGUUUGCCUACUAGCUCCUCCUUUCUCUAACUGGCUGCCUUAUCCCACCUCCCAAAUGGUGGUCACGUUCUUUUUACAACACCUAGCCUCCUGAUUAACACCACCACUGAUUAAUAAAAGUUGACAAGGAGCUCUAGAUGCUUGCAUAAACUGUGUCAAUCUUGUUUCGACGAAAAGAACCACAGGAAAUUAGUGGGAAAAUUAUGCAAAGAUAGGGUAGUUCAUUUUCUAUAGGAAUUGUGAUUUUACUUCUUAACUUACAAUUAAAAUGGCAUAGACAAUAUACUUUGGGAGUUUAUUUUUGGAUAAUAUUAACAACUGAUUUCUCAUUAAAGGAAAAAACUUACCACUGUAUGCAACAAUUAAGAUAUGGCGGAAGUGAAGUCAAUGUUCCGGGAAGUUCUUCCAAAACAAGGGCAGCUGUCUGUAGAAGAUGUAACCACAAUGGUGCUAUGUAAGCCAAAACUUCUACCCUUAAAAUCUCUGACUCUGGAAAAACUGGAGAAAAUGCAGCAAGCAGCACAGGAUACAAUUCGCAAACAAGAAAUGGCAGAAAAGGAAAAACAGCAAAUAACCCACUAAGUGAUGAUUUAGCACUUCUACAAACACCCUACCUACUAUUUAAUAACAACCAGAAAAUAACCUACAUCUGUAUGUUGAAAGUAAUACUUGUUAAUAAAACUAAUAGUACUCAUAUAAAUACUA